GCCAGACAGUGACCCGGAAGUAGAAGUGGCCCUUGCAGGCAAGAGUGCUGGAGAGCGGCAGCGGCGACCGGAGCGGUAGGAGCAGCAAUUUAUCCGUGUGCAGCCCCAAACUGGAAAGAAGAUGCUAAUUAAAGUGAAGACGCUGACCGGAAAGGAGAUUGAGAUUGACAUUGAACCUACAGACAAGGUGGAGCGAAUCAAGGAGCGUGUGGAGGAGAAAGAGGGAAUCCCCCCACAACAGCAGAGGCUCAUCUACAGUGGCAAACAGAUGAAUGAUGAGAAGACAGCAGCUGAUUACAAGAUUUUAGGUGGUUCAGUCCUUCACCUGGUGUUGGCUCUGAGAGGAGGAGGUGGUCUUAGGCAGUGAUGGACCCUCCAUUUUACCUCUUUACCCUGUCGCUCAUAAUGAGGCAUCAUAUAUCCUCUCACUCUCUGGGACACCAUAGCCACUGCCCCCUCCUGGAUGCCCAGUAAUGUAUGUCUACUGGUGGGAGACUGUGAGGAUCCCAGGAUUCAGUAUUCCUGGCCCAGAGGGCCCUUGCUGGCUACUGGGUGUUAGUUUGCAGUCCUGUGUGCUUCCCUCUCUUAUGACUGUGUCCCUGGUUGUCAAUAAAAUAUUUCCUGGCCUCCUGGAA